AGUAUUUGCUGAGCGAACACCGGUGGCCUCCUUGCAGCCUCCUAGAACUGGUGGGAGGGGAAGAUGGAAGAGACGAGCCUGAGAAAAAGGAGGGGGGAUGAGAAGUCGAUCCAGAGCAGCGAACCCAAGACCAUGAGUCUCCAAAAGGAGCUGGGCCUGUUCAGUGGCACCUGCAUCAUCGUGGGCACCAUCAUCGGCUCUGGGAUCUUCAUCUCCCCCAAGUCUGUGCUCAGCAACAUGGAAGCCGUGGGACCCUGUCUCAUCAUAUGGGCCAUGUGUGGGGUUCUUGCGACACUGGGCGCCCUGUGUUUCGCGGAGCUUGGCACAAUGAUCACCAAGUCGGGGGGCGAGUACCCCUACCUGAUGGAGGCCUUUGGCCCCAUUCCAGCCUACCUCUUUUCCUGGAGCAGCCUGUUCGUCAUAAAGCCCUCAUCCUUUGCCAUCAUCUGCCUCAGCUUCUCCGAGUACGUUUGUGCACCCUUCUACUCCGGCUGCAGCCCUCCCCAAGUUGUCAUUAAAACCCUGGCUGCCGCUGCCAUCUUGCUCAUCUCCACGGUGAACGCGCUGAGUGUGCGGCUGGGGAGCUACGUCCAGAACGUGUUCACGGCAGCCAAGAUGGUGAUCGUGGUCAUUAUCAUCAUCAGCGGACUUGUCCUCCUGGCCCAAGGAAAUACGAGGAAUUUUGAAAACUCUUUUGAAGGCGCAUCAUUGUCUGUGGGCUCCAUCAGUCUGGCAUUAUAUAAUGGACUCUGGGCGUAUGAUGGAUGGAAUCAACUCAACUACAUCACAGAAGAACUUAGAAACCCUUUCAGAAACCUGCCCCUGGCCAUCAUCAUUGGGAUCCCACUGGUAACAGGCUGCUACAUCCUCAUGAACGUGUCCUACUUUACUGUGAUGACGGCCACCGAACUCCUGCAGUCCCAGGCUGUGGCCGUGACGUUUGGUGACCGUGUCCUCUACCCCUCGUGGAUCGUUCCGCUCUUCGUGGCGUUUUCAACCAUCGGCGCCGCUAACGGGUCGUGCUUUACUGCGGGCAG